CCUCUUUCUCACCACAAUAGUAUGUCUAAUUGGACACAGCUUUUGCUUCUGAAUUGAAGUUGGUGCGAUCUCUCUCCAAACCACUUUCCAGGAGACCUUCCUCCUCUUGUACUGGUAGCUGGCCUUGGUGCAGCGAAUUUUCCUAUUCACUUACUUCCACCAGCCCCUACGAUUGCAAACUCCGUUCACUCCAUUCCCCCACCCCAAUCUCCACAGUUUCCCUACAACAAUCAGUCCAGACGCUCCGAAACCCGGUAGAUUUCGACACUCCCCCCAUACCCACAGCGAGAUACCGAGUACCUUAUCCAUAGCACAAUUGCCAUUCCUCUUUUUCUACCACCAUGUCCCUGCUUCAAAACCAAGAGUAGUUGCCCGACAGGAACUCUUAUCUUCACGCUUCCACCUGCUGACCUUCUAGCAGCUUCGUAAUCUAUCGAAUCCGCACUCGCUACCUUCAGGGGAUGAGAGAUGGGGUUGGAGAGCGACUCAUUUCGGUCAAUCCGGCAUCUAUAAACAUUCCGGCAUAUAAGAAUGCUGGUUGGGGAGCUGCCACCGAAAUCCGUCGCACUUAUUCCCCGCCAAUACCGAGCGGUACUGGCGCCGAGUACUUUACUGGGGCUCCUUCCAGAUCUGUAGGUUUAGGAGAUGGAGCACUCCCGACAGCCAUCAUCACGGAAAGACGAAAUAACUAUGACCAAGCGGAUGAUGACAACCUGGUUGGGCUGGCUUCACAUUUCUCCAACGGGAGCACCGAUAUGGCAACCGACAAAUCGGAGGUUAGGAGGAGAAGGCGAAGGGAAAGACAGGUCCACCGGGAGGAUGAUGAUAGUUCAGACAUGAGCGAUGACUCGGAUGAUGAUGAGGGAACGCAAGCGUAAGAUCCUUAGAUAGGUAUAUUCCUGAGAUAAACCCGUCUAACUUUUGGUUUCAAUAGUGCACAACAAAAGAUUCAAUUUGACUUCCCAAAGAAGGAGAUUGUGCCUUCCCGCCCGCGGUCCGGUUCAUCCCCGUUACGGGGCCCCCAGGUGUUGGUCACCUCGCCUUCAAAAUCUAGAACCAGGCGACUUCGCGGCGGUUCUCACGGCGAUGUAGAUUUUCAUAAGAAUAAUCUAGACCAGCUUCCCCCCGCAGAUGAGGGACUUCUGUCGAGUGGACUGGUGUCGGAGAUUGAAAAGCUUCACGCAGAAAUCACUAGCAAACUUCGAUCAUCUCCAAAUUCUUCGCUGCCACGAGAUGAAGGGUUUGGUGAUGAGUCUGCUGAAGACUCGGAUGCAAGCACAGCUAUGUCAUCUGAUUUCAAUGAGACUGCAGAUUCACAUCCUGCUGUCAUUGGCAACUCGUUGUCUCUACCCCAGAAACGCCAGGCCGCGAUAUCGCCAGCCGUUCUCCACGCCUUACCCCCUCCGAUCCGCCCUAUAUCUCAAGUACAGCCGAUAUCGGCUUUGACUCAGCUGCUGAAAGCGAAAGAAUCUGAAGCAGCCAACCCUUUCGAGAGCUACAAAGAUUUCUCCGGAAAGGGCGAGUUACGCUCAAUAACGCUAAAACUCCUCAUCCCAUACACUCGCUCAUCAUCUUUGUUCGAAGUAAACAUUAAGCAGGAAGGCAGUACCAAGAAAGAGACAACGGUGCUUGAUGCGAUUGGAUUCGUGCUGUACAAAUACAUAGAGGACAAGAAGGAGCCUGUCUUAACGGAAGAGUUGUCGAAUAUAAAUAAAUGGGUUUUCAGAAUGGUCGACGACGGCGAACCGGAUGAUGAUUUCCCGCCGCUGGAAAGAACGCAACCGAUCACGAGCUACAUCGUUAAGAAAGGGAGGGGUGGGAGGGGGCUUGCCAGGGAUACAAAAUUAGAAGGCGAAUUUGCGCUCUGUGAAGCGACUCAAGCUCAAUGUUCGUACUCUCACUCUGCGCCAUCUUACCUGCUAACCGACAUUACAGUCCUUGAAAACGAGCGAGUUACUCCAAAUCCGGUCUCCUUCAAAAAACCUUCGGCUGGCCCACCUGCUACACCAUCUUCAUUUACGAGAUCAGAAACCGCAACACGCCAAACAAACCAAACAGCCACUCCAGGGGGCACUUCAAGAAUCUUGCGCAUCCACUUAUCGACGAUUGAUGAAUUCGCGCAGUCAGUUUCAGUUUGUGUAACAACCAACACGAACAUCAGCGAGGUUCUUGACCAGGUGUGCCGCAAAAAGCAUCUAGAGAAGAGUAAAUACGUCCUUCGUAUUGCAGGGACUCCAUCACACGCAUUCAUACCACUCGAACGUACUGUUGUGACUCUCGGAGAGCAAGACCAACUCGAUCUUGUCCUCCGAAACAUCCCCGAAAGCCCAACUGCCGCUCUCCGCACUCCUAAAAAGAGUAAACUUCUCCAACCCACCGCAACUUGGGCCCCAGAUAUGCUCUCUAGUAGAGACUACCUCAAGUACACGGUUUGGCGCAAAGCAUCCAUGUCCUUCAUGGCCCGUCACGAACGCAUACUCGCAAUCGACGGUGAGUACGUGCAUGUCAUGCCAUCGGAGCAGAAAACACUCUUCGAGAAUAGCUCCAAGACUACUAGUAUACACAUCAGCACUAUUAUCGGAUGCAAAACUUAUCGCAAGAUGCCUAGUAGCUUUAAAAUUGUCGUGUUAAGGCCGCAGCGGGAGACAAAGUUGAAACGGUACGAUUUUGAAGCGGUGAAUGAGGAACAGGCGAUUGAGCUGGUGGAAGAAUUAAGGAAGGCCAUGGGGAGGUUCAACGGUGGUACUGAGGGGUAG